AUGCUCCGUAACGCUGCUGUUCGUACUGCCCAGCUUUCAGGUCGUCGCUUCCAGUCGACCGCCUCUGCACCUGUCCUGGUCCAGGCCGAGCAGACCUUUGCCAAGCUCCCGAAGGAGCAGCAAACUGAGGUGUAUAACAAACUCAGCGAGGUCAUGAAGGCCGAUUGGAACAAAGUCUCGGUUGAGGACAAGCGGGCUGCCUACUUUGCCACCUACGGCGCACACAACCGUCGUCGCCCCCACACCAAGCCUGGAGAUGGCAUGAAGGUCCUUAUUGGCGUUGUUGGCACUAUUGCUCUCAGCCUGACGAUUUCGUCCCUUCUUCGCAAGUCGGUCGAAAAGCCCCGCACCCUCACCAAGGAGUGGCAGGAGGCCUCGAACGCCAUCGCUAUCGAGAAGAACAUCAAUCCCAUCAGCGGUAUCUCGUCAGAGGGCUACUCUGGCAAGGGCUUUGUCCAGCAUGACUAA